AUGGCAGCCAAGAUGUACACCGCCAUCCUGGAGCAGCGAAUCUCAGACUGGGCAGAGGCCAGCAACUUCAGAGCAGCUCUGUACACCAACGUCCCCAUGUCGGUGCGCACCUCAGCCGGGCUGUCGCCCUGCUUCCAGGCCGUGACAGGUCUGAGUCAGGGCUGCCCCCUCAGCCCCACCCUCUUUGGUCUCGAUAUCGACAACCUGGAGGAGGAGCUGAUGGCAAGGUAA